GCCAACAGAAAAAAUAAGACUUCAACUAAAAAAGUCAACUGUCAAAACUGUCAAAGUUGUUUGCAAAACAACGCGAUUUCGAAGUCCCGGCAUUAAUUUGAAAAUAAUGGAUACUGCUCUCAAAAAUCAUAAAAAAAGAUAUGAUAGAGUGAUGUCUCGUGUUCAUAGCCAGUCACAAUCUAGUUUAAGACUAAGUUCAACUGUAACACGCCACGAUAUACCGUCAUCUGUAAGAGUUGGCGCGAAAACAAUUAGUUCUAAUGUAAGUUCAGGAAUUUUUAAUGAACUCCCUACUUACUUAGAUGACUAUGAACCAGAACCAAGUCGUCAGAAAAUUAAACGUACAUAUGUGGUGAAGCCUCGUAAGACUAUCAGAUCUAUGAACUUGAUCGACUGUCCACCUCGCGUGGCCACAAACUUCUCCAAGACGAGAGAAUCAAAUAGUAAUAAAAAAAAGUCGAAUUUUCGGGUGCAGGAAUCAGCCCCUUCUGUUUUAGAAAGCAAUGGAGAAAAGUGGUCCAACACACAUUUGAGAGAAUGUCUCUCUAGUAGAUCUCAUACACAGUUAAAGGAUUUAAAGGAUGAAAUAAAAGCUUAUAAAGAGACAGAGAAGAUGAUGAGACUGCAAAGUAGUUUGUUUAAAAAGUGUGGUGUUGUGUUAGACGAUGUAGGGAAUAUGGUGGAGGACAAAGCUGUGCAGGCAGAACUUGAACCAGUUGCAGAUGAUGAUAUUGGACAGGAGGAGAAAAGGUAA